AUGUCUGAGCAAGGUAAAUUGAACCAGGAGACAGUGGAGGAAGCUGCCAAAGAGCAGGAGUCUGCCAUCUCUGAUGCGACCCCAGAGAACUGCAUCAUUAAUAAAACGGAAAGCUUGGAAGCAGAGGAAAAGGAGGAGAAGCUGAGUGAUGCCAAGACGGACCUCCAGAAACGAGGUGUAAACCAGAACCAGCAGAAAAAGAGAUCCAAGUCAGGAGCUAAGGGGAAACUGGUCCGGAGUCUUGCUGUGUGCGAAGAAUCAUCCCCUCGAUUGGGAGCAGAAGGUCUUCACGAUAAUCAGGAAUCAAUACAACUACAGCUUUCGAGUUUCCCCAGUCUACAAGAAGAUGAUAAAUCUAGUAAAGAUGACUCUGAGAAAGAAAAAGAGAAGGAUAAAAACAAAGAAAAAGAUAAAAACUGUGAAAAAUCCAAGAUCAGAAUGUUAUCGAAAGAUUGCAGCCAAGAAUAUACCGAUUCAACAGGCAUAGAUUUGCAUGAAUUUCUGGUGAACACAUUAAAGAAUAAUCCCAGGGACAGAAUGAUACUCUUAAAAAUGGAACAGGAAAUUAUAGAUUUUAUUAGUGACAACAAUAAUCACUAUAAAAAGUUCCCUCAGAUGUCGUCAUAUCAGAGGAUGUUAGUGCACAGAGUGGCAGCUUAUUUUGGAAUGGAUCACAAUGUAGAUCAAACUGGAAAAUCUGUAAUUAUCAACAAGACCAGCAAUACUAGAAUACCAGAGCAAAGGUUUUCUGAACAUUUAAAAGAUGAAAAAGGUGAAGAAUCCCAGAAGCGAUUUAUCUUGAAGCGAGAUAACUCUAGUAUUGAUAAAGAAGACAAUCAGCAAAACAGAAUUCAUCCAUUUAGAGAUGACAGACGAAGUAAAUCAAUUGAAGAGAGAGAAGAGGAGUAUCAGAGAGUGAGGGAGAGAAUAUUUGCACAAGAUUCAGUUUGCUCCCAGGAAAACCUUUUUGUGGAAAACAGUAGGCUCUUGGAAGACAACAGUAUAUGCAAUGACACCCAUAAGAAAAGACAGCUAUUUAGGGGUAACAGAGAUAGUACAGGGAAGGCAUCUGGCAGCCGGCAAAGCAGUACAGAGAACGAAAUGAAAUGGACAGACCACCAGAGGCCAUGGAGCAGCACAGAUUCAGACAGCUCCAAUCGCAAUUUAAAGCCAGCCAUAACAAAGACAGCAAGUUUUGGUGGAAUAACUGUUCUGACAAGAGGAGAUAGCUCAUCAAGUAACAGGAGUACCGGCAAACUGUCUAAAACAGGUAGUUCAGAGUCUUCCAGCAGCGCUGGCUCCUCAGGAUCACUGUCACGAACACAUCAGCCUCUCCAAAGUGCAUCCAUUGUCCCUGGAGUGACAGCCAGCCCUUCAGGCAAUGUUUCCUAUACAGAGAAUGGGAUGAAUGGCCAGGUAGCAACAAGCAACACCAGCUAUAUCAUACUUCCACUUGAAGCUGCAGGGAUACCACCUGGCAGUAUCCUCCUCAAUCCACACACAGGCCAACCGUUUGUAAAUCCUGAUGGUACACCUGCAAUAUACAACCCUCCCAGCGGCCAGCAGCCAAUUAGGAGCCAGCUUGUGGGACAGUCUCAGCAGCAGCCUUCAUCCCAACAGCAGCAGCAAGUGCAACAACCACAGCAACAAAUGGCAAGUCACCUUGUCACACAGCCUGUUCAGGCUUUGCAGCCAUCUUCCCAGUCAGUCCAAUAUCCAGCAGUUUCUUAUCCACCCCAGCAUCUCCUGCCAGUCUCUCCAACGCAGCAGUUUCCUGUGCGAGAUGACAUGACAACACAAUUUAGCCAGAUGAGCUUAAGUCGUCAGUCAUCAGGAGACAACCCUGAGUCGCCUUCUGGUCCUGUCUACCCAUCACCUAUUAUACAGUCAUCUGGCCAGCAGACUGGUUAUGUCAUGGCAUCCCCAAGUCAGCAGCUUCCCCCAGGAAGUUUUACAGGUUCAGGUCCACCAGUAUCCCAACAAGUACUGCAGCCUCCACCACCACCCCAGGGCUACGUACAGCAACCACCACCUGCUCAGAUGCCAGUGUAUUACUACCCAUCUGGUCAAUACCCUACCUCAGCAACUCAGCAGUAUAGACCCAUUGCCUCAGUUCAGUACAAUGCACAGCGGAGUCAACAAAUAACCCAGACUGCACAGCAAGCAGGUUAUCAGCCUGUCUUGACUAAUCAGCAACAAGGGUUCCAAGGACUCAUGGGAAUGCAGCAACCUCCCCAAAGUCAGAACCUGAUGAAUAAUCAGCAGGGAAAUCAGGUGCAAGGCAUGAUGGUUCAGUAUCCAGCCAUGUCGUCUUAUCAGGUGCCAAUGACACAGGGUUCUCAAGGACUGCCACAACAAUCAUAUCAACAACCAAUCAUGCUACCUAAUCAAUCAGGUCAAGGAACAAUUACAGCCACUGGAAUGCCUGUUUACUGUAAUGUCAUACCUCCCACCCCACAGAACAACUUAAGGUUGAUUGCCCCACACUGCCCCUCCAAUAACGUUCCAGUUAUCACUGCCAGCUGCAGGACAAACUGUGCGAGUAUUAACAAUACAGGGUGGCAGGUCAAGUACUGA